AAAUGUUGGCGGCCCUUGGAGCGACAUGAACGGGGCGCAGCUCAGUGAAUUCCCGGACGACUCGGAGCUGCUGCGGCCGGCCGUGAGCGGCCUGAGGCGGAGAGCCCUGCAGGCCGGGGAGCUGUCCGCCGUCUCCACCUUCUCCGGAAAGUUCCUCAUCAAGUUUCUGCGGGCCAGAGACUUCGACGAGGAGCUCUCUCUGAAGCUCUUACUGAACUACCAGCGGUGGCGGAGGGAGAGUCCUGAGAUCAGCACCUGCCUGUCUCCGUCCUCGGUGAUUGGCCUCCUCAACACAACUUACCACGCCGUCCUCCCGCAGCGAGAUCACACCGGCAGCAGGGUGCUCAUCUACAGAAUCGGCCAGUGGAACCCGAAGGACUGGACAGCGGUCCAGGUGUUCAGAGUCAGCCUGAUAACUUCUGAGAUCAUCUCCGCGGAGACAGAGACGCAGAGGCGGGGGCUAAAGGUCAUAUUUGACCUGCAGGGAUGGAGUUUGGGCCAUGCCCUGCAGAUUAACCCUUCUCUUGCCAAAAAGAUAUCCUCUGUACUUUCGGACUCUUUUCCACUAAAAGUUCGAGGAAUUCAUCUGGUCAACGAGCCAAUGUUCUUCCGGCCAGUCUUCGCCAUGAUUCGUCCUUUCCUGCCAGAAAAGAUCAAGCAGAGGAUCAAUAUGCACGGUGUUGAUUUCCACGACACUCUAAGCGACUUCUUCUCGCCGCCCGUCCUACCGCCAGAAUACGGAGGGGAGGGGCCGAGCAUAGCGGAGGCCUGUCAGGACUGGACCCUUCAGCUGCUUCAGUCAGAGAAGCUACUGCAGCAGAUCUCCAGCCACCCGACAGGUGACAUCGCCAUCACUCCUGAGGACGCCUUGAUCUCAGAGGAAGGGGAGGCCGAGCCGCUCUUUGAGGGAUAGUUUGGGUUUUUUGGGCUCUUCAGAUUACAUAUACGUGCUGCCGUGUUUUAACUUUAACUAAUACUUGGUGGCAUCUGUUUUUGAAGCUUUAACUGGUGAGUACAGUAGAUGUUAGAUGCACGAGGAGAGUCGUGCUGGUUUAAACACGUCAGGACCGAGUGUUCUCCUCUUGCACUGCUCUUUGAAAUCUGACCAAAGGGAGACUUCUCCGAUUGUUGGGUCAAAUUUGUCCAGCGUGAGGAACACUAUCCCAAUUUCAAGUCAAUGUUUUAAGUUGGGAUGCUGUUAACUUCGCUCAGGUUGAAGACCAGAAUGGGAAGAAGUUGUACUUUGCCUUUUUAAGUGAUAAUGUAUCGGCGCCCCACAGCAAACUAAAUAUCAAGAAAUGCUAAAGUGUUGUAGUGACAUUUGUCUUAACGUCCAUGUGGAACAACCAGCAUUUUAUAUUGUAACAAACCUAAAUGGAAGUGAUAUCCAAUAUAAGCGUAUAAAGCAUUUAUUUCCCACAAAUACAAAGUCAAUGUGUUUAAAUGGUAGUAGUAUCUGCUUAAUGCUAAUGUUAAUAGUAAAGUUUAUUUAAGUUUAUUUAGUGUAAAGAAAACUGUGAAAUUGUUCCCAAUGAAUUUAGAAUUAAUUGUAGGUUCAUAGUGAUGUAAUUCAUUUAUUUUUGUUGCCAUUUUCAAAAAAGACAGUGAAUGUAUUUAUUGUGCUUGGGUUUUUCUGAACACACAAAAUUGUAUAUACUUUGAAGUUACAUAAAGAAGGAAACACAAAGUUAUACUGUUUUCAUGUGACACAUUUUUAAGUAUUAAAUAAUUUGGUGUUUGCAAUAUGAUUAAAGUUAUUUUUAAACAUGAAA